AUGGGUCAGCACUCUGCUGUUUGGCAAGGCUAUGUCGAUUCCAGCUUGAUGGGAUCCGGUCAGUUUGACAAGGCCGCCAUUGUCAGCUACGACUUCUCCGACGUGGAGGCUUCCACCCCUGGUUACACGUUCUCCCCUUCGGAGCUCAGCGGCCUCAAGGGCGCCUAUGACAACCCCGCCGGCGCUUUUGGCACCGGUGUCACUCUCGCUGGAGACAAGUUCGUCGUCAUCCGGUCCGACGGCACCUCCGUAUACGGAAAGAAGGGCAAGGAGGGUGUCAUCAUCGUCAAGACCCCCUCGGCCAUCCUCGUCGCCCACCACGGCGAGAGCGUACAGACCCCCAACGCCGCCACCGUUGUCGAGAACCUCGGCGACUACAUCCGGGGCGGUAAAUAG